UUCGCUUUCCCGCGGCGAACGUCAAUUCUCUCCGUUCAAGCAGAAAUCAGGUACGAUCGGUUUCUAGGGUUUCUAAGUUCUCUCGAUCUUCCGAUCAUUGAAGUUAGAUAGCUUACUGUAUCGGCGUUCGCUUUCCUUCAAUCGGUAGGAAGUCUCCUGAAUUGCUUAAACCACCAUCCAGAUGUUCAAAAACACAUUUCAAUCUGGAUUCCUCUCCAUCCUCUACAGUCUCGGGAGCAAACCUCUGCAGAUAUGGGAUAAAGAAGUUUCAAAUGGGCAUGUGAAACGGCCUCAUGAUGAAGACAUACAGUCCAAUGUACUGGAAAUCCUCGGUUCGAAAAUCCAGUCCACUUACAUUACAUGCCCAGCUGACCCUAACGCGACGCUCGGUAUAAAACUGCCUUUCUUGGUCAUGCUUGUCAAGAACAUGAAGAAGUACUUCACGUUUGAGAUUCAAGUGCUUGAUGAUAAGAAUGUCAGGAGACGUUUCCGUGCUUCUAACUUUCAAGCUGUUACUCGGGUGAAGCCAUACAUUUGCACCAUGCCGCUGAAACUCGAUGAAGGGUGGAAUCAAAUACAGUUGAAUCUGGCUGAUUUUACUAAGAGGGCUUAUGGGACGAACUACGUCGAGACUUUACGAGUUCAGGUGCAUGCAAACUGUCGCUUAAGGAGGAUCUAUUUCGCCGAUCGACUCUACUCAGAAGAGGAACUCCCACCUGAAUUUAAACUCUACCUUCCGACGCAGCAGGUAUAAUCGACUUAUUUUCACCUGGGAAAUUGGUUAUGCCUUCCCUGCCUUGUUAAUCACGGGUUAUCAUUCUGCAAUUGCUCGUUCUAUUUGCAGAAAGCAUGAGGAUAUUUCUGGGACUUUGCUGGCGGAUGUUGUCACUUGUCAAUUCAACCAGUUCACUGGUUUUCUCCAAGCUUUUAAAGUUUAUUGCUGUGGGUUUUGCAAUUGUACUCGUUAGAUAUAAGGGUCACUUGUAUUCUUCUACAAGUAUAUGAAUUGUGAGUUUGUGACUGUUGAAUCAGGUCAAACAGUUGGUGCCUAAACAGUGAGUUACAACUCUCCUAGGGGUCGUUUGUUAGUCGUGUACUUAUACCCUGGCAAUGAAAUACAUGGUUUCUCCAGCCGUA